AUGCGGUGCAGUUACUUCGUUUGCUCGCUGCUUCUCUCCCCAUUUUGCGAUGCUCGCCGUCACGAAUCCAUUCAGCAGCCUCCCAGUGACUAUGUGCAGCUGAAAGCGGCACCUCAAAAUGAGCUACUGUCUUUGCGACUUCAUCUCGCGGAGCUGGAAAAGCCCUAUCUCAAAGUGGCCAAGCAGGUGUCCGACCCCGCUUCCAAUCAGUACGGCCGUUAUUUGGGAGCGCAUGAGUUGAGAGCGAUUUUGCCCGACAAGGAUCUCGUUUCUAAAAAGGUGGCGGGCUGGCUCCAAGACGAGGGGUUAUCCAACUACACGACAAGUCCCCAUCACGUCGAUGUCACAACAGCUGUCGCUGACUGGAACCGGGUUCUGAACACCACGUUUUACCAAUUUCGACACAAGGCUACCGACCGGACUGUGAUUCGGACUACCGGGUAUAGCAUUCCAAGCACGCAGAAGGACGCGAUCAGUUACAUAUAUCCAACAGUACAUUUCUUCCGAUUGGAAACCAGCCCCAAAAUGAUACAAAAAAGACAGCAUGUACCUACUGGACCCAGCAAUUGUUCGAACAGCGUGUGUCCAUCUCAGCUGCGCACGCAAUACAAUAUUCAUUACAAUCCAGCUGACGGCAAGUCGGGCAGCACAAUUGCCAUAGCUGGUUUUCUGAAUAACUUCCCCAACGUAACAGACGUCAAAGCCUUCCUGACCAAAUAUGAUAAACGGAAUCAGAUGUCCAUCCCUCCAAUCAACGUCGUUUCUGUCAACAAGGGUACCCUCAAACCUCCAGCAGACGGAGGCUCGCUCACAGUCGAGGCUGAACUUGACCUGGACUACUCAAUGGCCUUCACGGGUCCGCUCCCUGUUACCUUCUACUCAGUAGGUGGCCACGCGCCAAAGAUCGGCCAAGCCCCGAAUAAGCCGAUCUCACCAGACGACAACGAGCCAUAUGCCGAGUUCUUCGAGUAUAUACUCGGUUUAAAAGACCCUCCCAAAGUUAUAUCCAUAUCUUACAACGAUGACGAGAAGAACGUACCGGUUGCUUAUGCGACACAUGUUUGCGAUCUUUUUGCAAAAGCUGCUGCUCGCGGAAUCUCUAUCAUUGGAUCUUCUGGAGAUGGAGGAGCGGCUGGAGCGGGUGGCGAUAAUACCUGCCUUGGAGUGUCUGGUAAGAAGAGGCUCUUUGUACCAACAUUCCCCUCGAGCUGCCCUUGGAUGACCUCUGUAGGCGCCACGGCGGACUAUGGCGGUGCGGCUUCGUAUAGCUCUGGGGGCAUGUCAAAUGUUUUCAAACGUGCUUCUUGGCAAGACAAAGCUGUGUCAGGUUACAUCAAAGCCUUGAAAGGCAAGCACAAGGGCUUUUACAACGUCAGCGGCCGUGCACAGCCAGACGUCAGUCUUUUAGGCGAUAAUUAUCUGACGCUGACCGGAGGCCAAGCUUCGAUCCACAGCGGCACGAGCGCGUCUGCACCUGUGUUUGCAGCCAUGAUUGCACUUGUCAACGACAAGCGUCUGAGGGCGAAGAAACCUGUAUUAGGAUUUCUCAACCCUUUGCUGUACUCUUCAAAGGCGAGCUCAGUCUUCCGUGAUGUCAAAGAUGGUAGUGAAACGGGUGGUUGUGCGGAUGGUAACUUUUUUGAAACAGGUUGGGAGGCCCUCGCAGGGUGGGAUGCUGCAACAGGUCUGGGUGAGCCUGACUUUACAAAGUUGGCCGCUUUAUUAAGUUGA